AUGGCGGCCCAAAGACGCCAAGGACAUGUGAGCGCGUUGAAUCGCCUGAAGAACGAUUAUGCACGACUAAAGAAAGACCCAAUUCCUUUGAUUCAUGCAGAGCCCGACCCGGCAAAUAUGUUAGUAUGGCAUUACUGUGUAAUCGGGCCGCCGCAUACUGCCUACGAAGGAGGCUAUUUUCACGGGAAACUUCAAUUCCCGCCAGAAUUUCCAUUCAAACCUCCUUCAAUCCUGAUGAUGACUCCCAACGGCCGUUUCAAAAUAAAUCAGAGACUAUGCCUUUCCAUAUCAGAUUUUCACCCAGAUAGCUGGAAUCCAGCCUGGUCAGUCGGAACAAUUUUAAAUGGGCUUCUUUCAUUUAUGGUCGAGGAAGCAACAACAUAUGGAUCCAUCGAAACCCCCAACGCAGUCCGCCAGCGAUUAGCAAGAGAUUCAGGCGCAGAAAACUUGCGUAACGAAAAGUUCUGCGAGUUGUUCCCCGAGCUUGUCGAAGAGAUAAAUUCAAAACUUGAAAAGAGAAGAGCGCAGACAAAGCCAAUACCAAAGCCAGAGAAAGAGUCAGAAGAAACAACCAAGGAAGCAACAAAUGCCACAGCGGAUUUAAGGGCCGCUGUCAAGCAAGAACAGGGACUCUCAAACUUGGCAAUUUUCGCGAUGAUCACCCUUUUAGCGUUAUCGGCAGGCGUCAUUCUUUAUGGAGAGAGCUAG